UUGGAGGGUGGGAUUCAGUCUGAAAGAGAGGAGCUGAACCAUUAUUUAGAGGGAGGCGAUUAAUUUGAGAGGGACUCGAGCGAGAUCUUUUUAGAGAGGGUUGAGGAAGAGGAGAGCAGGGAGAGAUGGCAGAGGAAAAAGGGAUCAAAGAUGAAGAGACUUUAGGAGGAGAAAUUUCCAUAGCAGAGAAAAUCUUUUUCUCUCUGGCACGGUUCCCCAUGAACAACCGUUGGUUCCCUUCGAGCUCCGCUUCCGCCCUGAAUCCAUCGAUGUCCACUGCUGGUGGAAUCUCCAUUCCUCCCCUUAAACCUCCUGACCCUCCUGACCCUUCGUCCCCCUUAACCCUCUCUCAAUUUCCCCCUUUAUCCCCUUCCUCUAACCCCAUCUUCAUCCUUAAAAAACCACUGCAAACUUCUCCCUGUUUGGAGACUGUAGUUGUUGCCCCUGCUUCCCCCACUGCUCUUUCGGGAGUCCUUACUACUGCAGAGAAAGGAUUGCCCAAAACUGUUGAGAUUUCCCCAAAAAUUUCGAUUGGUACUGUUGCAAACCCUAAAUCUGACCUCACUAAGCCGCACAAAAUCACUAUCUUGAAACCCAAAUCCUCUUCUCCUCUGGUUACUAACCCUGCUCUCACCGUUCCCAAAACCAACUCCCUGCCAAAUCCCUCCUCUAAUCCCGUCCCUCCAUCCCUAAUUGAACCUUCAUCGGACCCUGCAAAAACUUUCAAACAUUCUCUCUGUACUGAACCUUCCAUUCCUCUUCCGGAAAACUCUGUCCCUGUCUUGACUGAUACAACUACUGACCCGCCUUGUCCUGCUGUCGACACUCCGGGUAAUCAGCCUUCUUCCUUCCCUACCCUAGCAGAGAAAAUAAGGCAAAAUGAAGAUCGAUCGCUUAAGAGGCUGUCUCCAGUUACUUUCGCUGAAUCUGGAAGACCUCGAAUCAUUAUCCCUGAUGAAGUCUUCGAGCACGGUGCAAACCUUCACAAAGACUUCGUCAUUUGUUACUUUAAUGGUCGCCCUCCUCCUUUCAACCAAAUCCAGAGCGUUCUCAACCAUAUGUGGGGGAAAGGUAGAAAGAUUGAAAUCCAUCUUAACGCUCUGGCUAGGAAUAUGCUCGUGAGAAUCCCAAAUGACUUCAUUCGAGCCAAGGUCCUGGAAAAAGGCAUAUGGUAUGUUGGAGAUUCUCUGUUUCACACUGCUCAGUGGGCCUCUAAUCACUCAUCGAAAUCCCCGGAGUUGGUGUCUCUUCCGUUAUGGGUACACCUAAAGGGGAUCCCUUUAGAUCUUCGUACCCAAUGGGGUCUUAGUUUGAUCUCCGGUCUUGUUGGAGAGCCUAUAGAAACUGACGAUUUCACCAAGAAUUUGGUGAGUUUGACUCUGGCUCGUGCAAAGGUUACCGUUGAUCUCACCAAACCUCUCCCAGAUGUGGUGGAAUUUGAAAGACAGAAUGGUGAGGUGGUUGAGGUUAUGGUCGAAUUUCCUUGGCUUCUCCCGACUUGUGCCCAUUGUAAGGAGUUAGGGCAUGUCCAAAGAAACUGCCUGCAGUUGCCGGUUACUCCUCCAGCGGAUCCUGUAAAAAAGCAAGCUAAAACUUAUGUUCCAAAAGGCUCAGUCAUGGGUAAAACCAGGUCGGAUGUAAUGCCUGAUUCAAAGUCGGAUGCCCCUAUGAAAAGAACUGUUACUCAGGUCCCAUCAGCAGUUUCUCAGGCUGGCCUUCCUUCUUCUAAAGAGUUAAUCCUUGUCAUCUGUCACUGCAAGGAUUCGCCGGAUCAAAAAGCAAACUAUCGUUAUUCGCGCUUCGUCUUCUCCAAUUUCCACCCAUUGAUUCGGUUGACGCGAACGUAUGCCUGCCACACGUUCGACGAUAUUCCUGAACCAGCUUUGUUGCCUCACAAAGUAAUUGGAUUCACCAGAAAUGCUUAGAUGAUUGAAGAGCUUCCUUCUUAGAGGCCAAUGAAUGCAUCUCUUCCACUAGGACGGGAGGUGUUUUCUGGUUGAAGAGAUCAAAGCCAGUGGAUGUGAAAGCCACACAUUAGUGGUAUACCAGUUCGUUUGGUUGGUUUGGGUUCAGCACAAGAAUUCCAAGAGCUAAAGUCAGGAUACCUGUCAGUUAAAAUGGCAUUAAUUGGUCAGUUGCUGAAGCUUAUUGAUUACUUACAGAGACAUCGUCUGACAUGAGCAAAGAAGGGAGGUGUUUUUCCUGGUUGAAGAGAUCAAUGUCAAUGGAUGUGAAAGCCAAACUUUGGUCUUAUACCAGUUACUUUGGUUGGGUCGGGUUCAGGACAAGAAUCCCAAGUGCUGGUCAGGAUACCUUUGAGUUAAAAUGUUCUUGGAGAAUCUAGCAGCAUGGCGCUUUGCAGUGGUGAGUUGUCUGAUAUUACCUAUUUGGAAAUCUCGAUCAAUGACCUGAAAAGAAAGCUCGUUCUUGGAUAAUCUGGCAGCAUAGCACUUUGUAGUGGUGAGUUGUCUGAUAUUAUACUGUUUGGAAAUCUACAUCAUUGACCUUAAAGCAAAGGUAUGUUACCGUGACCGUUUGUUAUAUACUGUUGGUGAAAUAUUAGGAACUGGUCAACUGUUAGUUGAACAUGGCAGAAUUGUCAGUAACAAAAUUUAGUUGACAUUAACAAACAUACUAUCUUUAAAAAGAGAAUGGGGGCAUUCCGAGAAUCGAACUCGGGACCUCUCGCACCCAAAGCGAGAAUCAUACCACUAGACCAAAUGCCCUGUUGCUUAGCAAUUUAGUUAAUACGUUGAAGAUCACCAUA